CCUUCGUGGUGGCCAACAGCUGGUCUUAAAUCCCCCCAACCGCCCCGUCUAAAUGCUGACGCUAUACACCCGGCGCAGGAUAGCCCAACCUCACUCUGCUUUCAAAUUACAACCUCCAACGGCCCACCCCAUUACUGCACUUCAUCAUAAAUACCAAAUAAAUCAAAGACCUUUUCAUUCCGAAUAACCCAUCGAUCUCAACCAUCCAUCCCGAUCCACCCUCAUCAUCAAUAAUCAACGGCGGCGAACGCCUCGGAGAAAACGAGGACAAUGGCGAGAGCUUCGCCGGCGAUGCGGCUUUGGAUGACGGCGGCGUUGAUGGCGGGUGUGCUGGUGGGGCUUUGCGGGUCGGCGGGGCUGCAGGAGCAGUGCAGCAGCGCGUUCGAGAAGGUCGCGAACUGCCUGGGUUACACGACUGGGAAGGCAGCGGCGCCGACGAAGGAGUGCUGCACCUCGGUGGGGGAGAUGAGGAGCAGCCAACCGGCGUGCCUCUGCUUCUUCAUCCUCGAAACUCACAAGGGGAGCCCACAGAUCAAGCAGCUCGGUGUUCAGGAGGCCAAGCUGCUCGAGCUCCCCUCCGCCUGCAAACUAGUUAACGCCAGCAUCACGGACUGCCCCAAGCAACUGAAUAUACCCUCAACCUCUCCUGAUUAUUCGAUCUUCACGAAAAACGCAACGUCAUCGGCAAAUGCCACCGCAACACCCGAAACUUCUUCCCCGCCGAGCAGCGACGGGUCUAAACACGAACCCCACCUCACAGGCCCCGUGCUGAUCUCCGUGGCCUCGACUCUCCUCAUUUACGCAUUCUCGGAGGGGCUUGUCUCCAAGUUUUAUGCAGUUUAAUCUAGGAAUUAGCUUUAGGCCUAUGCAAUGGGCAUGGCGUGUGCUUUAGAUUUCUUUAUGAGAACUCUUUGACAACUUAAAAUUUGCCUUCGCAAUCUUUCCCAGCUGUCUGCUAAACUUGAAUUUAAGUUAAGAGGCUUCUUAUUGAUCCA